AUGUCGAAUUCGGUCACGACGUCAAGAGCACUGAGGGGUGUGUUCUCACCCCUCUCGACGAGACAAUGCCAGCGAUGUUUGUCCAGCAGCGCUCUCCAGCCCAAGCAGCUCCGACCAACCCUCCCCCGAGCGCCAAACCAGUCGAGACAGCCCAUUACCCAGCGCCGAACAAAAUACAAGACGAUCGAGCAGGCCAAGAGCCGAUAUAGCAAUGGGCCCUUUUCUUGGAAGGCUGGAAUCCUGUUCGUCGGUACCUGCGGGCUGUUAGUAUGGUACUUCGAGUUUGAAAAGGCGCGCAUGCAGCGUAAGAGAAUAGCUGAGGCGGCCAAGGGCGUGGGCCGACCAAAAGUUGGAGGAACCUUUGAGUUGAUCGAUCAGGAUGGAAAGCCAUUUACCAGCGAGAUGAUGAAGGGCAAACACUCCUUGGUGUAUUUCGGUUUCACCCGAUGCCCUGAUAUCUGUCCCGAAGAACUCGACAAGAUGGCUACCAUGUUGGAUAUCGUCGAAGAAAAGGCCCCGGGUGCACUUCUUCCCAUCUUUAUCACCUGCGAUCCGGCCCGUGAUACCCCCAAGGCUCUUAAGGAUUACCUGGGCGAGUUCCAUGAGAAGUUCAUUGGUUUGACCGGCACGUAUGAACAGAUCAAGGCGCUCUGCAAGAAGUACCGCGUCUACUUCAGCACACCUCAGAACGUCAAGCCAGGACAGGACUACUUGGUGGACCACAGUAUCUACUUUUACUUGAUGGACCCGGAUGGUGAUUUCGUUGAGGCAUUGGGCAGACAACACUCGCCUCAGCAGGCCGCAGCGCUCAUUUUGGACCAUAUGAAGGACUGGGAUAAGAAAUAG